AUGUGCUCGUAAAUUCUCUCUUUCGCUUACGAGUGAAAUUAACCUUAAUUAACUUGAGUGACUCGCACUUGAUUACUAACGUCUGCCCUGACCGCGUCAUCACCACGCGUCUCUAAGCCAACAAGCAAACCCAUGCAGCCUGAACGAAAACAUUUGACUUUUCCAAACGCGAUUUAGGCCAAAUGGCUCCGACAGCUCAGAUCGCGAAAAAGAAAGAAAAGUUCACAGGGAAAGGAGGCGACUGGAAGAAAUCCAAAAACAAACCGGCGGGCGUCAAGAAAAAGAGGAAAUGGGUCCCUGAGCACAAAGUUUUUGAUGGCAGCGUCAAGGAGGGUCAGGGCUUUGCUUUCAAGCGGAAGCAGAAAGUCCAAUUUGAGUACAAGAAGCUGCUGCGCAAGGAGAAGAGGAAGAACCCCGAGUCCCAAACGCUGUACAAGGACGAGUAUCCGGAGCACCUCAGGCACCUUUACAUGGCCGAGGCUGAAAAACUGAAGAAGGAGGCUUGGCUGAACCGGGUGAACAGGAGCAAAGUGAGAAUGAGAGGGCAUGAGGAGGAGGAGGAAGAGGAGGAGGAGGAGGAGCAGGCAGAGGACAGAGCUGCAGAUGACGCUGCAGAUCCAGCAGAGGAUGCUGGAGGAGCAGAGCAGGCUGGGAACCCUGAGGGAACAGCGGCCCAGGAGGCAGAAAGUCUGCCCAUGAGCAACCGCAUGAAGAAGAAGAUGAUGAAGAAGACGUCCCACCAGAAGAGUAAAGAGGAAUAUGAGAUGAUCAGGGAAAAACGGAGAAAGAAGAAAGAGGAGUACCUGAUGAACAAGCAGCAGAGAGAGGAGGCUCUCGAGAGGUACAAAGCAAAAAAGAGGGAGACGUUUCAGAUGCUGAGCAAAAAGACCAAGAAAGGACAGCCCAACCUGAACCUGCAGAUGGAGUAUCUGCUCCAGAAGAUCCAGGGAGCGCCGAAAUGACUCCAAGCCGGGGCUGAUGGUGGAGAGCGAUCGGGAAAACAUGCCUUUAUUUAGCUGUUGUAAUUUUUUAAAAAAACUGUUUAUGACAUGGCAGUGACAACGUGCUGAAAUGCAGCAGGACUGUGUUGUCACUCGGUGAUCUUGUCAGUGAAUGAUGUGAAAAAUGCUUGAACUGGAUGGAACUGAAGUGGCGAAGAGCUGGAGUGGUGAUCUACCGCCUGUUUGUCGUCAUUUGACAUGAUCAGCACUCUUGUUCCUAGAUGUGGUGAUUCUACACAAGCUUGUUCCAGAUCAUUAUGCUGGUGCACAUUUUUAUCUCAGACCACAAGAUGGCAGCAUAAUAUCUCAAGACCAUGGAAGGCUUUCUACAGUGGGUGCUUUUUUGUUGAAUCCUGAAAUGUAUGAGAAGUUUGCAAUAAAGUGCUCAAGUGCAGGUUCUUUUGA